AACAUACACGGGUUAUAUUGAAAAAUAAAUUAUGCAAGAUUUAGUCAGUGAGUCUAGAAUAUUUAAAAGUUGAGGAUUCUGUCUCAGGAGCAAGGGGACUGCGCGGUCUGGGAGGGAGUGGGAACCUGUCUCCAGGAGCCGGGUUUCCAGCCGGAACUGUUUAGUGGACGGGCCGGGCCGGGAAGUAAUGGCGCUGGAGGUUCGCAGGCGGCUCUUUAAAAUCCUCAUGCGCUUCGGCGCCAUCAUCCUGACCCGCUUCCCGUUCUGGAACUGCUUCAGCAUGUUGAUGCUGUUCGCGGAGCGGGCCGACCAGCGCAGGAAGCCGGAUAUUCCAGUGCCAUACCUCUAUUUUGAUAUGGGUGCCGCAGUGAUUUGUGCCAGUUUCAUGUCUUUUGGAGUGAAGAGGAGGUGGUUUGCUUUGGGGGCUGCCCUCCAAUUGGCUGUUAGUACAUAUGCGUCAUACAUUGGAGAACAAGUCCAUUAUGGGGACUGGCUGAAGGUGAGAAUGUAUUCCAGAACUAUAGCUGUUAUUGGAGGAUUUUUGAUUUUAGCAAGUGGUGCUGGUGAAGUUUACAGGCAGAAGCCACGUACCAGGUCGUUGCAGUCUACUGGACAGGUGUUUCUUGGCAUCAACCUUAUUUGUGUGGCCUACUCCCUGCAGCACAGUAAGGAGGACCGUCUGGCCUAUCUGAACCACAUCAUAGGAGGUGAAAUUACACUCCAGUUGUUGUUUGUACUAUAUGCUGUACUGGCCUUGUCUUUCCUCUCUGGCUAUUGUGUACGGACUGCAGCCCAGAUACUGUCUGUUCUUAUGCCUCUUGUAAUUCUCUUUAUCGAUGGCAAUGUGGGCUAUUGGCAUCAUUCCCGCCGGAUUGAAUUCUGGAAUCAAAUGAAGCUUCUUGGGCAGAAUGUGGGCAUUUUUGGCGCUGCUAUAAUUUUGGCAACAGAUUGUUAAUACUUUUAAACGUGGGGUUCUUUAAUGCAUGGCACAAAUGAAGCAACUGCCUUGUACUGCUAUUUAUUUGACUUUUUUAAAUGUAUAGGUUCUUAAAUAUAUUUUCACAAUAGAUCAUUUUCUUGGACAGUUCUGUAGAAAACAAAACUUGUGUAUGAACAAUUGUUUGGAUGCUAGUGAAUCUCUGAGGGCCGACUUGGUGGAUGUAUGCUUCUAUGGCAGUGCUCACUUUCUAGGACCAUAUGCAGAGAAAUCGAGAGCUGCUUUUGGCAGGUCAGCUUUCAUGCCAGGAUUAUAUGUUUGGAAACGUAGCCCACUGUCUGUUUUAUUAAUCUCCUUUUUUCAUUUAAUUCCAAUUUGAAUAAAUUAUUAGAUCUAUGUGCUGCAUCAUGAAUGAUAUAAAAGACCCAGAAUUUGUUAAAGUGUGAUGUUCUAUGAGUGAUGAAAUUUGUUGUGUAUUCAUUUAUUCUCCUAGCAAAAUAAUUUUGAAAGGUUUCUCUCAGCACCAGUAAAUUGACUUCUUUCCAGCUUUAAAAUUCCCAACAAUUUUUCCUAUUUCUUUCCCAUCAUGUCUCAGUUAUUCAUGCUGGCAAGCUACACUGGAAAUGUGCAACUGAGGUGCCAGAUGAUCUAGCUGGCAACUUCAAGAGACUACUUUUGUGUAAGGUCAGUGGGUUUCCUACAGAGCCAGCAGGACAUUUUGAGAUCAUUGU